UCUGGACGGUUCGGACUUUUGGGCGUGUGCGUGUCAGAAGGUGGAGACUUGUGCUUCCAGCAUGAAUCAGCAUUCCAUGUGUGCCGGAUUACCCCAUGGCAUACCCUCCUGAGACACUCUCCACUUCUGUGGCUGAAUACACAGAACCUUCUGUGUGGAAUACUGAGUAAGACACUUUAUCCCUCUGACAGGAUACCAUCAGGUUUCUGCUAGUACAUCAAGGUUAACUCACCGCCGGGAGUGCCACAUAACAAAACCUUCUCUCUGCAUCAAUAACAUUCACCUGUCCCCGGCCCUGGCAGCCACAGAAGUGUCUCCUGGAGAGUUCUCUGUUACCUACAGUUUUGUUGAAGCGGUGCGUGUGGUAGCAUGCAGGUAGCAGCUCAAGCGUCACGGAAACAUGGGCACUUCGGUUGCCAGGCUGUUUCACAUUUUAAUAGGCAGGAGCUAGGACACGCUUUUUUCCGCCCGACCGGGCGGCGAGGUCGUGCUCAGGACAAGCGCUCAAGCAUUUGCGCCGAUUGGUUUUCUGUCGUAUCAACUGUAAGCAACGUACAGCCCGCCAUCCAACCACACACACAGCCACACUUGUUCCUACCUUUUCUCCUUGUCACCAGUUUUUAUUCUCCAGCUCACUUCCUCCUUUCCCUUCUAAUGGUUGUACCCCGCUGCGCGCUAGACUCAGCAGAAGUGAAUGACUCAAACACAAGGACUGCGAGCCAAAGCAAGUGCCGAUACGGGGUAUGACAGAUCCUUAGCCUUCUGCAGAUGUUAGAAAACAGUUGCUUUUUCUUUCAACCAUAUUUGCGCAAGAAACGCCACUAUCCUUGUUGGGUCUCUUAGUUGGAGAUACCUUCAUUUCCCAAAUCGUCUCCCUCUUUCUAAUUCUGAGAUAGCAAGAAACAAGAAGAGUAGUGUGGCCCAAGUCAGGGAGGGCUCUCCGUAACCCCGCGGGAAAUGGCCGCACUGAAUCCUCCGUGCCACAAAUCCAUCACUUCGUGCAACUCGAAGAGAAGAAAAGACCUAAACGGACACCUGGCAGAGCAUUCCUCUUUUUUAUUCAAGUUUUCAUCACCGUCAGCGACAGUGUGCAAUCGUCAUUCGGUGCUCACUGUGGCGGGUCGCGACGGGGGGGUUCACCCCGGGACGCGUCCGCACCACCAUCGACUCGCCUCAACAAGCUGCCUCAAGCGAACAUACGUGAGACAGUGCUUCCUGCUCUGGCAAGCGACCAGUUUGCCUUAAAAGCUAGAAUUGUUCCACCAGCUUCAGCUUUGUGGCUUCAUGGGGCGUUUUGUGUUAUCGUUUUUUUAGUACUCAUUAAAUUGUUUCCGAGUCUUGACAAUGGCGCGGUCAGGAGGGAUGCUGCAACGUGGUCGCGGUUUCAAGUCACGAGCCCGAAAGCUGAUGGCAUUGUGCAUGGGUGGAGUUUUGCUGUUUUCCGGUGGACAAGCUGCUGCAGAGCCUUGGCCUGAAGGUAUGAAACAUCGGAAUUUGGAAGCAACGUUUACGGCUGCUGAGCCAGAAUACACGGAUGCGGUCGCCACCUGUGAUCUAACAAGCGGAGCUGCGGCAGCUGCCGCGCCAGCUGUUGAAUCCUUGACGCUUUCUCAAAAAAGUCUCACCGCUACUUUGGUAUGUACUGGAGGAGCCGACGCCGAAAUAAAUAGUGUUCCGCCUACCUUGGAGAACGUAUGUGACCCAACGAAAACAAGUGAUAACACCAAAUGUACUUUUGCCGGGAGCAGUGCUGAAGGCGGAGAGGUGAAGCUGAAUGAAUUGCUUGGAACGAAACGCAGUGUUACGUGGACGAAGACGAACACGAAUACGGAAAGGACAAAGAAAGAAACAUGGACACUGCAGCUGGAGGAUGGUGAUAUUCCUUUGACCGACAAGACCUUCCUUGUCGGGUGUCAAAACACAAAAAAUGCUUCAUCAGGUACUAAGAAGGCAUGCAAGGUCACGGUGAACGUGCAAGCGAGAGCUUCCUCUGUUGCAGAUAAUAACGUUGUCACAUGCGCGUACGGCCAAAACAGCAACGACGCGCCUUUGAGACUUGAGAUGACAACAGAGAAGAACAGGCUCACUCUGAUAUGUGGUUCCGCGGGUUCUCUCAAACCUACAACCUACAAAACCCAGUACUGCGAUCCUCAGGAAGAUGUGAAGAAGUGCACAGAGAAGAAGUUCGAAGAUAUUCUUCCGACCAUCGCGGAGAGCUGGUGGACGGCGGAUACGACGACGAAUUCCGCGACGCUGACAAUCCCGGCGACGGAAUUUCCAGAAGCGGAACAGCAGUUUCGUUUGCAGUGCGUCCGCAAUAAGCCAAAUUCGCCGGCAUCAGGUGCACACGGAAAAACGGAAAAAACUCCUGGCGCCGAAGGGUCUGAUACGUCGGUUUGCAAUGUGAUUGUGACGGUCAAGUCAGGAAGCUCUGCAUCGUCAGCCGGUCAAAUGGUAGCUACGGUCUCUGGUGUGGCUGCUUUGGCAGGAUUCCUCGUUGGGUCCUUGUAAUCAUCGUGAUUGUCUUGCGCGUGUGUAGUCUCGAUUGAUCCUGUCUUAGAUGCCACCUCUAUUAUAGGCAGCUUUACGUUGGCUUAGGCGUGCUCCGUUAUGUGCUGUAUUCUUUAGACACACCUCUGAGUUCUUCCUAACUUAAGUAACCCAUGAGGUCAUGCCCACUGAAGGCUCAGUUCUAUGCAUGUGGAUAUAUUCGAGGUUUUGGAUGUCUUUGUGUGGCUUGCGACUGGGCAAGUGUGCACAUUCAAAGAAAACGGGUACCUGCUUCAAUUCGCUAGAAAGUGCUGUGAGGAUAAAAGAUAUCAGCGUGGCGGUACAUGGGAGGCGUAUGUUCAAGGGCACUCACGGCGUUCUGGAUGUUUCAUCGAAAAGUGCUGCAGUCUCUUCGGGGAUAUGCUCCGCGUAUUGCAAUGCGAUGACAGAGUGAGUGCCGUGCUUGACAGACAUGGUACUAAAUCGGGACACUCGACUGAACAAGGAC